AUGCUUCUGCUGCUUAUCCAGGAACCAUUCAUUUUGUUUUCUUUUCACCCUAUCUUUUCCAUCAGAUUCAUCAAAAAUACAGAAUGCAAAAACCACACAGAUUUUCCAGAAUUCCUUCUCCUAGGAUUGGCAGAUGAUCCAGAAGUGCAGUCUCUCCUCUUCAUUGUGUUCCUGUCCAUGUACCUGAUCACCAUCCUGGGAAACCUACUCAUUGUCCUGACUAUCAUCUCUGACUCCCAGCUCCACACCCCCAUGUACUUCUUUCUCUCCAAUCUCUCUUUUACUGACAUCUGUUUAAGCACAACCACGAUCCCAAAGAUGCUGAUGAAUAUCCAAGCACAGAAUCAGAGUAUCACUUAUACAGGCUGCCUUACACAAAUUUACUUUGUCCUGGUUUUUGCUAGUUUUGAAAAUUUUGUGCUUGCAGUAAUGGCCUAUGAUCGCUAUGCGGCCAUUUGUCAUCCACUGAGGUACACAGUCAUCAUGAACUCCCACUUCUGUGGACUGCUGAUUCUAUUCUCCCUGUUCGUUAGUAUUGUGAAUUCCCUCCUGCACAGUCUGAUGGUGUUGCAGCUGACCUUCUGCACAAACCUGGAAAUCCCCCUCUUCUUCUGUGACGUUGUUCAGCUUAUCAAGCUUGCAUGUUCUGAUACCCUCAUCAAUAACAUCCUGAUAUAUUUUGCAACUAGUGUAUUUGCUGGUAUUUCUGUGUGUGGAAUAAUUUUCUCUUAUACUAAGAUAGUCUCCUCUGUUUUGAGAAUGCCAUCAGUGGGAGGAAAGUAUAAAGCAUUUUUCACCUGUGGGUCUCACCUCUCAGUUGUGUCCUUAUUCUAUGGGACUGGUUUGGGGGUGUACAUUAGUUCUGCUCUUACUAACUCUUCCAGAAACAUUGCAGUGGCUUCAAUGAUGUACACUGUUAUCCCUCAAAUGCUGAACCCUUUCAUCUAUAGCCUGAGGAACAGGGACAUGAAGGGAGCUUUGAGAAAACUCAUCAGCAGGACACCUUCUCUUCUUUGA